UUUUAUAUUAUGAAUACUACAUCGGGAGAGAGAAAUCAAAGAGCGCUUAGAUGAGACGGCUUAGAUGAGACGACAUGAGUCUCUUCUAGCUUAGCUAAGCUCAAGGGGACAAAAGAAUAUUUUAGAAUAUUGACUAAGAAGUUUCCAUGUCUCUGUUUUGUUUUAGAAUAUUUUAGAAUAUUGUGAAAGACUCUUUUCCUUUUCUUCCAAUUGUUCUUAACUAAAACAUAUUAUAAAUUCGGUUAAUGUUAUUGUAAAUACACACAACAAUCAAUCAAAUUAUAUACAAAUCUCUUGAUACAUAACUUGUGAUGACCACAAUGUCAAUCAUGAAUCCAUUUUGUUUGAAAUUGAUUCACACCAUAUUUCUCAUGUGUUUGAUGUUGCAGACAAUUGUUUGUUCAAAAGAGGCUGUUAGGUGCAUACAAAGUGAGAGGCAAGCACUCCUUCAAUUCAAGGCUGGCCUUUCUGAUGACUUUGGCAUGUUUUCAUCUUGGAAGACGGCAGAUUGCUGCCAGUGGAAGGGAAUUGGUUGCAGCAACCUCACUGGUCAUGUACUUAUGCUCGACCUUCACGGUAAUUCUAAUGAUGACGAUGAUGACGACGACAAUACAUUUUAUAUCAAAGGUGGCAUCCAUGAAUCACUGAUGGACUUACAACAGUUAAAAUAUUUAAACCUCAGUGGAAAUUAUUUUGACGGAAGUAAUAUCCCAAGUUUCUUAGGAUCUUUAAAAAACUUAAGAUACCUUGAUCUUUCUAAUUGUUAUUUUGGGGGACAAAUUCCUAUUCAAUUUGAGUCUCUUUCUAAUUUGAAAUACUUGAAUCUUUCCUAUAAUAAUCUUGAUGGUUUGAUUCCUCAUCAACUUGGAGAUCUCUCCAACUUGCAAUUUCUUGAUCUCAAAUACAAUCUUUUGGAAGGAAGCAUUCCAUCUCAACUUGGAAAUCUCUCGAACUUGCAAUUUCUUGAUCUCAACAACAAUCAUUUGGAAGGAAGCAUUCCAUCGCAACUUGGAAAUUUAUCCAACUUGCAAAUUCUUGAUCUCCUUGAGAAUUAUUUAAAAGGAAAAAUACCAUCUCAACUUGGAAAGCUUAUGAACCUACAAGAGCUUUAUCUUGGAGGUUAUGGUGAUAGUGCUCUAACAAGUGAUCACAGAGAUCAAAGUGGAGGUCAGUGGUUGUCCAAUCUAACUUGUUUAACCCAUCUUUACAUGUUGUCGAUAUCUAAUCUUACUAGGUUUAAUAGUUGGUUGCAAAUGGUUGGUAAACUACCAAAACUGAGAGAACUAGGUUUGAAAAAUUGUGGCCUUGAUGAUAGUUUUAUCCUUUCAAUGAGCCCUAACAAAUUCAACUUUUCUACUUCUCUUUCUAUCCUUGACCUCUCUAGGAACAACUUUAUAUCGUUCGCGGUAUUCCAGUGGCUGUCAAACAUAAGUUCCAAUCUUGUCAAGCUUGACCUUUCUGGCAACCUCUUGGAGACUCCUCCAUCAAAAAAUAGAUUGAAUAUAUGCACUUUGCGUUCUUUAGAGUUAAGGGUAAACAAUUUCACCGAAAACCUUCAAUCAAUUCUUCAUUAUUUUUCAAAUGGUUGUGUGAGAAACUCACUUGAAUUGUUAGACCUCAGUUUUAAUGGAAUCACCGGAACUAUACCCGACCUUUCUAUAUUCACAACAUUGAAUACAUUGGAUCUUUCUGUUAAUCAACUUAGUGGGAAGAUUCCUAGAGGUAGUAGCUUGCCAUUUCAGUUGGAACAUUUAUCAAUUGCAUCAAACUCUUUAGAAGGGAGAAUUCCAAAAUCAUUUUGGUUGAAUGCAUGUAAGUUGAAAUCAUUGCACAUGUCUAGCAACAAUUUUAGUGAGGAGUUUCAAAUCAUAAUUCAUCACUUGUCUAGAUGUGCUAGAUACUCACUCCAAGUAUUAGAUCUAAGCAAGAAUGAAAUCAAUGGCACUAUACCUGAUCUCUCAGUAUUCUCAGUUUUAGAUAUAUUGGAUAUUUCUAAAAAUAGUCUAAACGGAGAGAUAUUAGAAGAUAUUCGAUUUCCACCUAAUCUGAGGAAACUAUUGAUGUAUAAGAACUCUUUGAAAGGCGUCAUCUCUGACUUCCAUUUUUCUGGUAUGUCAAUGUUAAAGGAUUUAUACUUGUUUGAUAAUUCACUAACACUGAUAUUUACUAAAAACUGGGUACCACCUUUUCAACUGCGCAAUAUAGUAUUGAGUUCCUGCAAACUUGGUCCUACAUUUCCUAAAUGGAUUAAAACACAAAAAAACUUUCAGGUUCUGGACAUUUCUAAUGCCGGAAUUUCAGAUAAUGUUCCAGAGUGGUUUUGGGCUACACUAUCAUCACAAGAGUGCAAUAGAAUCAACAUUUCAUACAAUAAUCUCAUAGGAUUAAUUCCAAAUCUUCACAUAAAAAAUAAGUGUGCUUUUUUACAUCUUUCAUCAAAUGAAUUUGAAGGCUCCAUUCCACCAUUUCUCAGAGGUGCCAUAGCUAUUGAUUUGUCCAAAAAUAAAUUCUCUGAUUCUCGUCCAUUCCUAUGUGCAAAUGGUAUAGAUAUAACAUUAGGCCAACUUGACCUUUCGAAUAAUCAAUUAUUUGGAAGAAUGCCAGAUUGUUGGAGCAAUUUUGAGAUAUUAGUUUAUGUAGAUUUGAGCCACAACAAAUUUUCAGGGAAAAUUCCUACUUCAAUGGGAUCGCUCGUAAAAUUGCAAGCAUUACUGUUGAGGAACAACAACUUAACAGAGGAGAUCCCUCUCUCCCUAAUGAACUGUACAAAGUUAAUAAUGCUUGAUAUGAGAGACAAUAGAUUAGAAGGACUAAUCCCUUAUUGGAUUGGAAGCAAAUUAAAAGAAUUGCAAGCUUUGAGCUUACAAAGGAAUAACUUCUUUGGAAGUUUACCAUUCGAACUUUGCUAUCUACAAAACAUUCAACUCCUUGAUCUCUCAAUGAACAAUUUAUCUGGACGGAUUCCCAAAUGCAUUAAAAAUUUCACUUCAAUGACUCAAUCACAAGGUUUACCCAAAGAUAAGUAUGAUAUUAGAUAUGGAGCUAUUGGUUUUGAUUUGAAUGCAUUAUUGACAUGGAAAGGUGUAGAACAAGUGUUCAAAAGCAUUGAAUUGGAGCUUCUAAAAAGCAUAGAUCUCUCAAGCAACUGCUUUUCAGAAGAGAUUCCACCUGAAAUAGCAAAUUUGAUUCAAUUGGUCUCAUUGAAUUUAUCAAGAAACAACUUGAUAGGGAAAAUUCCUUCAAAUGUUGGAAAGCUAACAUCACUUGACUUUCUUGAUUUGUCACGAAAUAAGUUGCUUGGUUCAAUUCCUUCUAGUCUUUCUCAAAUUGAUCGACUUGGUGUGUUAGAUUUGUCACAUAACCAAUUAUCUGGGGAAAUUCCAACGAGUACACAACUACAAAGUUUCAAUGCUUCGAGUUACGAAGAUAACCUUGAUCUUUGCGGGCCACCACUUGUAAAAUUGUGUAUUGAAGGGUACUCACCACAUGAACCAAAAGUUAAAAUUCAAGACGACGAAGAUUUGCUUCUCAGUCGUGGAUUUUACAUAAGUCUGACAUUCGGAUUUAUUAUUGGCUUCUGGGGAGUAUUUGGCUCAAUCCUAAUCAAGCGUUCUUGGCGACAUGCUUAUUUCAAGUUCAUGAACAAUUUAGUAGAUAACGUUUACAUGAAAUGCCGAAGGUCGUUCAAAGAUUAACCGCUUCACUAAAGGAUACUGCAAAGUGUGUUGUUGGGGCCGAUAGUGCUUUGUGAUAUGUGUUUUCGGCAUGAAGUUGGCUGCUUUCUGGGUUUCCCUCAGCUUGUGGUUCUUCAUCUCUGCUUGUCUUGUGGUUGCUGUUUAUUCGGUUGAUUUGUAUUUCGUUUUAGUGUCGGUUGUACGAUCUUGUACUUUGUUGUUUCUCUCGUAUUUUUAUAUAUCUAUUUGCCAUUCAGCUCUUAAUAUUUUUCAAAACACUCAAUGUGUCCUGAUUACACAAUCUGGACAAAUCGAACAUUUUGACAAAUUUUGGAGGCAUGGAGAAACUAUCCUAUAGGAAAUAGAUUGGUGAAGUAUUCUACAAGUACAAAAUGCAUGUAUCAUUUCGGUAGAUAUUAGGAAUACUUUUUAGUAUUUUACUUUUCUACAUGAAAUCCAACUGAAAAUGCAAAUGUACAAAUACUUACACAUAAAUUAAAUGUAGCGUAUGCGCUGCAAAUUUAAGUCA